GGGUUAGGGUUAGGGUUAAAAAAAGCAUCAGUAAAAAACCAUAAACAAGAGACCUGAUAGGUUUCUGUUCCUCUCACCAGAGUAAGAACUGAGCCAAAAGUGAAAGUUAACGCCUGGCGUAUUGCAGGAAAGAUAAGCGUCUUUUGACAGAUGUUACUAACCCCACAGUCUGUAGAUCAGCGCAAAUUUCACCUGUUUCCUCUCCCUGACAUACUUCAGAAGGAGGGACACACAAAAUUAGACAUAGGCAAAAAAACAAAAAGACAAACCAAAUGCUGAAUCCAAAGAUCUAAUUACGACUUUGUUCAAAUGUGGCCACCUUUUUAAAUUGAAGGUUUAUAAAAUAUCAGGUUCAUGGAUACACACACGGCUUUCCUCAUUAAAAGAAAAACUCGAGUUUUCCUGCCAGUCAGUCCAAAGGGCAGUGACAGAUAGAAUAAUAAUUUAUCGCUCCACCUCUGCUGACUCACUAAAGCCCAAAACAGGAAAUGUGAAACAGUUUGUCAUUCUCAGAAGAGACAUGAAAGCAGAAGAUUAAACUCACGACCGUUCAAACUGUUCUACAGAAUCUGAAGAGAGCUGAACCUCCAUACACUGAAUGUGAGUUUGAUUUAAGAUAUACAUCUCAAAGUGAAAGUAACUUUAGUCAACUUUCUUCAGGGGGGGUUUAUGCUCUAACUGAUUAAUGUGGUGUUUUUCGGCUUCAGUCUGAUAAAAAAAAUGGCAUCCCUGACAGAGGAGGAUCUCUGCUGUCCAAUCUGCCAGGAAGUCUUUAAAGAUCCCGUGGUUGUAUCCUGUAGCCACAGCUUCUGUAAAGACUGUCUGGAGAACUGGUGGGGGUCCAAACGAGAACGAGAGUGUCCCAUCUGUAAGAAAUUAUCACCAAAGAGGAUUAAACCACCAGUCAGUCUGGUUUUAAAGAACCUGUGUAAGGCCUUCUUACUGGAGCAAGACCAGAGAGCCGCUUCAGAGUCUGAAGAUCUUUGUGAUCUGCACUCUGAGGACCUCAAACUUUUCUGUCUGGACCAUCAGCAGCCCGUUUGUGUUGUCAGCAGAGGCACAAAAAUUGAAAAUAACAAAAGGUUAAUCCCCGUAGAUGAAGCUGUGAAGGGUUGCAGAGAGGAGCUGCAGAAAUCUCUGAAGCCUCUGAAGGAAAAACUGAAGAUCUUUGAACAGGUGAGGAGAAAUUGUGAUGAAACAGCAGCUCACAUUAAAGUCCAGGUCAGGAACACAGAGAGGAAGAUUAGGGAGCAGUGUAAAAAACUUCAACGGUUUCUACAGGAGGAAGAGGAAGUAAGGAUUUCUGCUUUGAGGGAGGAAGAGGAGCAGAAGAGUCAGGUGAUGAAGGAGAAGACUGAGGCUCUAAACAGAGAGAUAACAGCUCUUUCAGAAACCAUCAGGGUCACAGAGGAGGAGCUGAGAACUGAAGACCUCUCAUUCCUGCAAAACUACAAAGCUGCUGUUAAAAGAGUCCAGCAGCUCCCCCUGCUGGAGGAUCCAGAGCUGGACUCGGGAGCUCUGAUAGAUGAGGCCAAACACCUGGGUAACCUGAGCUUCAACAUCUGGACCAAGAUGAGGAACAUAGUCUCCUACAGUCCUGUGAUUCUGGAUCCAAACUCUGCUCAUCCUGAACUCAUACUGUCUGGAGAUCUAACCAGUGUGAGUCGUGACACCAGACAGAAGCUUCCAGAAAACCCAGAGAGGUUUGAUGCUUACCCUAUGGUCCUGGGCUCUGAGGGGUUUGACUCAGGGACUCACAGCUGGGAUGUUGAGGUCGGAGAUAAUCCUCACUGGGUCCUGGGUGUGGCAGCAGAGUCAGUCCAAAGGAAAGGGGACACAGGUUCACACUCUAGGCUGUGCGGGAUGAGGCUGUUUAAAGGUGAAUACACAGCCUGCUCUCUGCCUGGUUCAUACACUAACGUCCCAGUCAGAAACCUCCAGAGGAUCCGGAUUUAUCUGGACUUUGACAGAGGAAAACUGUCAUUUAGUGACCCUAUUACAAACUUACACUUAUUCACUUUUACACACCCUUUCACUGAGAGGCUGUUUCCACUCUUUAUCAGUGGAAACAAACUCCCACUGACGAUUUUACCAGUGCCAUAUAAUGGAAAUGAUAACAGCCUGACUUUUCAAUAUAAUGUAGAUGACGUUCUUGAAUAUAUUUACACACAUCAGCAGCUUAUGAGCAACCGGUGGUAUUAGGACGAGGCAUUAUCAGUAACUUUUAUUUUUCAAAUUAGGGCUGUCCCAAUGUGUUCAAAUGGACAUUUUCAUCUUACAAAGAUAGACACCUUAACUUCGUCCUUAACGCCGAAGUAUAGACUGUAUAUGGACAACUUGGUUCCGCCUUCCGCCAGUAUACGGAUUUGAGCUGCGUUCCAGUUACCUCGGAAGUCAGAUGUCCAAACUGGGAAUGACGUCACACCCAAGUUACCAGCGUUUCAGUUACCAAGUCGGAAAACGGCAAAAUCAGAGGCGGAAACAAGAUGGCGUCCAUUCUAUAUACAGUCUAUGCGCGGGAGCAGACGCAGCAGGUGCUAACCAUAGACUGUACAUACUAUGGACAACUUGGUUCUGCCUUCUGCCAGUAUAUGGAUUUGAAGCCGAAAAACUCUAGUUAUUUCCGGGAUUUUCUUCAUUUCCUGAAUGCAGCACUGCGCAGUAGCGUUGUGCGCAUUCGGCGGGAGAGUCGCCGAGAGUCGCUGUGAUGACGCUCGGCCGUAGACUGUAUAUGCGCUCGGCUCAAACAGCGUAUCCCCCGAUUGAGCUACGCAAUCCCUGAACGCCAAUAGGCUGUAUCAGGUGUCAAUCAUAGAAAA